UGAAGGCCGCAGCUUGAGGCAGUACAUCCGGUGUGCGGUGACGCCUCUGAAGCGGAGUGUGGUCUGCAGGCUGUCGCAGUUUGAUCCUCUUCUCCUCAUAAACAGCAUCGCUGAAAAUAAAAGGAAGCCAUGGCGCAGGGGCUCAAGGACCGGUUCGAGAAGUUCCUCCACGAGAAGAACCUCAUGACAGACACCCUGUCAAAGAUAGAGGCCAAAACCGGAGUCAGCAGGACGUACAUCGCUGUGGCUAUCACCGUGAUCAUCGCAGUGUACCUGGUGAUCGGGUACGGAGCCUCCCUGCUGUGUAACCUCAUCGGCUUCCUUUAUCCUGCAUACAUUUCCAUCAAGGCGAUUGAAAGCGCCACCAAAGACGAUGACACCAAGUGGCUCACUUACUGGGUGGUGUACGGACUCUUCAGCGUGGCCGAGUUCUUCGCGGACAUCUUCCUCUCCUGGUUCCCGUUCUACUAUAUCGGAAAGUGCGUCUUCCUGGUGUGGUGCAUGGCUCCCACCCCCUCUAACGGAUCCGUGCAGAUUUAUACCCGCAUCAUUCGACCAUUUUUCCUGAAGAACGAGGCCAAGAUCGACGACGUCGUGAAGAACCUGAAGGACAAGGCGUCAGACGCGGCCGACAAGUUCAAAGAUGAGGCCAAGAGAGCCACGGCCAACAUCAUGUUCGAGGAGAAGAAGAGCGACUAAAGGAGGGGGUACGGGGGGUCGGACUCGGAGAGGAGAAAUGUUGCCUUGAAAAAGUUUGUUUUUAAGAACUGUUCUUAAAUCUUAAUCUUCAUGUCACAUGAUUCAUCGAAAGCCAUUUACUUAUUUAACUCUGCCUUCUGCGGGGCUGUGAGACCUUUACACACGCCCCGAUGUGCUUUAUGAACCAAAUAAAAACCUGCUAUAGUG